AACAUGGACAUUACCAUCCAGCACCCCUGGUUCAAACGUGCUCUGGGACCCCUGAUUCCAAGCCGUUUGUUUGACCAGUUUUUUGGAGAGGGUCUUCUCGAGUACGAUCUUCUGCCUUUGUUCUCUUCCACUAUCAGCCCUUACUACAGGCAGUCUCUCUUCCGCAGCGUGCUGGAGUCAGGCAUUUCAGAGGUGAGAUCUGACCGGGAAAAAUUUACAAUCAUGCUGGAUGUAAAGCACUUUUCUCCUGAAGACCUAAGUGUGAAGAUUAUCGAUGACUUUGUAGAAAUCCAUGGCAAGCACAGUGAAAGGCAGGAUGACCACGGCUACAUCUCCCGUGAAUUCCACCGCCGGUACCGCCUGCCCUCCAAUGUGGACCAGUCUGCCAUCACCUGCUCUCUCUCCAGUGACGGCAUGCUGACCUUCUCUGGCCCCAAGGUCCAGGCCAACAUGGACCCCAGCCACAGCGAGAGACCCAUCCCUGUGUCUCGGGAGGAGAAGCCCACCUCUGCGCCUUCUUCUUAGGCUGAACCUGCUGCUGAAGUACGCAGGCUACCACGAUCUGCAGGCCUCAUUCCCAGAGCCGUUGUGUAGAUAUCAGUGAAUAUCUAGAGUUUUUUUUUCUGUUUCAUUUUUUUUUCUUGGAUGGAAUGAGGGGCUGGGUGAGCAGCUGGUGGACUUUGAAGCUUAAACCUGCAAGUUGUGCUGUUGGGAUGGCAUGGAUCAUGUGUGCUGCCACACUGAUGUACUUGCUGAGAGGGUCUUCGUCCGGUGCUGUAGUCUGUAACAACCAUCACAUGAGAGGGGGUGCAUAAAUAACACUGACUCCUGGUGCACCAAAUCUUGAUGUGAGGCUUGAGCAGGGGAAAAGCCCUGCAGACCUGCUCUAUCCCAUACAGUUAGAGUUAAACUGAUAACUGUAAAAAAGCAACACAGCCAAACCAAGCCCCACCCCUGAGAUACUGUGUACGUGCAAUGAAUGUAUCACGAGUUCCUUACAACUGCAGGACAAGUAUCAAGGUGUUAUGUUCAAGGGUUGCAACAUAUAUUUUUUUCAGCAAAGUGUUUAAGUGUAUCUGUUCACACCAUUACCCUGUCAUUUCCCUUAGGGACAACUGAUGCAAGGACAAGCACGUCUUUCCAAUGUCUUAGUAGGCCCUUUGGGGAGAGAGAGGGGCUCAUCAGUGUGCAGAGGCUUCAAAUCCCUACCAAGCCCUCCCCAGCUUGUGCAUAACACACCAUCUUUCUUACUCUUGCUGUAAUUCUAAUGUAGCUCCAUCUGUUCUACUGGUAU